GGUCAGAAGAUUUGUUGCGUAGAUAGACUGAAAGUGUGUCUGCUAGUUGGGGAAUAUAACAACACUGACAGAUUUAACGGUUUAUUCGAUAAAAAAUUGCGGUCUAUUUACAGUUAGUAUUACUUUAUUCCGUGACAUUAAAGUUAUUAACAUUGGUGGCUUGAAGUUAACCAGAUAUUGAAAAUAAAGCGAGGAUAUUUCAAGAACACAACAAAGACUUAUUAUAACACGGGCUUGUGCGUGGUGAGGGCGUGACGGUUUUACAUUGCUUAGAGACGUCGACAGGACGAAUUAACGUUACAAAUGCCAUAAGAUGACCCAAGAAAUAAAGGAUGGACACGAUGAAGAUACUAAUUUAGCUGCUGAGAGUCUUGUGGCAAUGUCAAAGGCUCUAACUGCAACCGAAGAAAACAUAAACGCAAAUUUAGUAAAAACUUCCGAAAAUAGACAUUCUGAUAAGCGAGGUGUUGUUACCACAACAGAGCUAGGUCAACCUGAUUCUUUGUUCAUGCUUGCCAGAAUUCUGACUGAUUUACGUUCAAUUAAACAAGAACCGGUUGAUAUUGAAUACGACAGUGAAGGAUAUUGCAGUUUUGUGCAAGAAAACGAAAAAAAUCGUGAAAAUUUGCCAACCAAUUCGAGGCCCAGAAAGCAAAUAUUUCAAGCGACCACGCCCACUUGUCUUCAUAAAAUGGAAACCACAGAGGACCAGAAAUCCCGGAAAAUCAUAAUGCAGAGAGAGAAUACCAUGGCAUCAAAAAAGUUGCACACAUGUCAUUACACAGGUUGUGAGAAGGUUUAUGGAAAGAGUUCCCAUCUCAAGGCACAUUUGAGGACUCACACAGGUGAAAGACCAUUUCCUUGUACCUGGGAAGCAUGUGAAAAAAGAUUUGCUAGAUCUGAUGAACUUGCUCGUCACAUCCGGACACAUACAGGUGAAAAACGAUUUGCCUGUCCGAUAUGUGAAAAGAAAUUUAUGAGAAGUGACCAUCUUAACAAACAUGCACGACGUCACCCAGAUUUUGAUCCUAGCAUGUUGAAGAAACGAAUUACUACAGCAACGGUGAAAGUAGUGAAAGUUGAUCGUAAUAGUGACGGAAUAUCGGAUGACCACUCGGCUGCAUCACCAUAGAAUCUACCUACACAAGAUGGCAGAUUUAGAGUUAAAGGAUCUUCAAGAGAAUUUUGUUUUGUCUCAUCUUUUUCAAUAUUUGAAUGAAAAAAAACCCCAGACUCUAAAAUGACAAUGUUAUUUAACAUAGAAGAAGUUUAAAUAGCUAACAAUGGUAUCAAGUUCAGUGGUUUUUCACCUUGGUAUUUGUUAAAAGUUAACGACUACUCUUUGCCAUUUUAAAUGAAAUCCCUGAACAAUUAACUUAAGGUUACCAUUUGAUUAAUAAUUCCCUCUAUUAUUAUGAGGAAUUAAACAAUAAAUUGUGAAUUCUUCUACAUUAGAUAUAAAUAAUGUAAUCUUCGCAUAAAUACUUAUUAAAUACAUAAACCUGAAUAGAUCUAUAGUAUGAAAUCAAAAUGAUAUUAACGAAAGCUUAUUUGAUCGAAUAAUUGCAGAAAGAUUCAUAACUUGUAAGUCAAAAUUAAAGUAAUACAAGAUGAUUGAACUUGUUCGAGGCAUACUUUAAUAAUAUCAAUUCAAAAUACAUAGAAAAUUGGGUGCCUCAUAGACUAACCGCACCAGAUGAAGUGCGCUGACUAAGCCUGAAUGUCAGCCAGGUAUUGUUGAUUACAGGUAAAUUAUUUCCAGACAGGUGUGUAAGUGCACUUAAUCCUAUUGACAAAUUACCAGGAAUUUGACCUAUUUGUUAGAGAAUAAAUAUAAAUAUUUUAACCAAAUAAAGGGAGAUCAACCAAAUUGCAUUUAUUUUAGAUUAGAUCUGUUUCAAACUGUGUAAUAAAAACGGUGUGUUUUUAGUUAUUAGUUUGUUGUACAUGUAUAUAGUUAUUAUUAUUAUUAUGAUGAUAUUCUAAACUGUAUUUGAAUUAAAUGUAAAUAGUUUCAAUCAAAAUAUUUAUGGUUAUUAACUCAUUAACUUGUACAUAUCACAACUACUUUCAUUUAGGUCAUGGUUUACAUAUCUACGCUCUGAUACUCACCUGACAGUGCUGGCACAGGUUUCACAAAACAAUCUCAGGCUUCAGUUAAGAAUUUACUCAAAAUUGCUAGUCUUAUUUUAACUAAAAUAUAGCUCUUUAAAAACACAUCUUCAGUCUGAGAAUGUUUUGUGAACUUCUGGCCUGGCCUCCAAUCUUUAUGAACUGAGAACCAGGCCUCCAAUCUUUGACGUCCUAAACGAUGAUCGUAGCAUGUUCAUUUGAGCCAAAUGGCAGCCGAAUGAGUGCACACACUUGGCAAAUCCUUCACCCGAUUCACCAGUCGAUUGCAUCGCCUUUCACGUCACAUAAUUAAACAUUGCAUCGACCAUGUCUUCAAACAAUCACAUGACUUCUCGAUAUCAGUGGUGAUUGGCUAAUGAAGUAUUAAUAUGUCAUUUACAUGAAAACUAUACAUCACACUUCUGUUGCAAAUUGCGUGAAAGUGAGAAUUUCGGAGUACAACGCAUGUGCCAACUGCAUAAAAAAUAUAUCAACCAAUCAUGACAACUGAAACAUAUUUGUUACUUAAAAUAUGUCACGAUUCUGCUCACACCACCCCAGCUGUCAGGACUGGCAGAACUGUGACGGGGCUGAAUUCUGUAUCACUUGAUUGCAACUCUGUCAAUUAUGCCGUUCAGAAUUUUGUGGCACACUGGUUGAGAAUCACUGUACUGGACUGGUGAUCGAGCACCCCCUAUUGAGGUUAUUUGUAAUUUAUGAGUAUAAGAAGAAUGGAGAUAUGUAAUCUAUGAUUUAUUGUUAGUAAUUGCUAGUGCUAGUAAUUAACAUGUAUAUAGUUAUCUAGGAUAUAUAUAUAAUAUAAUAUUAAUUAUAUUUACAAAUAGAAGUAAUCCGGGCUCUCGUUUUAUUGUCCUCCUGCCGUAAAAGCACCAUCUUGCAUGCUAGAAAAUUAAAAUAUUGGAAUAAAUUUAAUGGCUAAAUAUUUUUUUCAGAACUAGAAAUUCUUAAGUUUUAUUGUCCUCCUGCCGUAAAAGCCAUCUUGCAUGCUAGAAAAUUAAAAUAUUUGAGUUAAUUUCAUGGCAAAAUCUUUUUUUCAGAACUAGAAAUUCUUAAGUUUAAAUUUGGGAUGUAUAAUAUACAUAGAAAUAUCUGGAAAGAUUUUGAAUUGAGAGCCCUGGAACUAUAUGUUGAAUAACUCAUGUUAAGGAUUCACUUGUUUUUCUCAGAAUUCCAUAUUUAUUGCAUUGUGAUUACAGCUCGAUCCGUUUUCCAAUUUGUUCUUAAGCCCAAUCGCAAACAAAAAAAGAGAGAUCACUCCCUCGAUCCGUUCGCUAAUUUGUUCUUAAGCCCAAUCGCAAACACAAAAAGAAAGAUCGCUCCCUGCUCUUUUUGGUUUAUAAAAUUAGUGACCAGUCCCAGUUAUAUCAAGGUACAUCAGAUUUUCUUUUUCACCUGAAAAGUCUGUUCGAGUAAAUAUUUUUAGACUAAAAAAUAAACCCAGUAUCUUUUGGGAGAUUAGAGCAUUAUGGGAGAUUAGGUAAAGAACUGACAGUUCUCGCUAUAAUAGUUAAAUAUAAAUAAUGUAAAGAGAAUAUGCUGAAAAUUUCAGUCAAAUUGCUCCAUUCAGAACCGAGAUAUUAGCGAUUGAGUUUUAGGCCUAGCCUCGAUCAUCAUUACUAAAGUCGGUAUGGUAAAAAAACCCAACAAAGUCUUGAUUAUCCAUUUUGACGUUAAGUCAUCCAUCACAAAAUUUAUUCAAAUCCAGUUAAUAUUGCAGGCGAGUGAUGGCAUCGAGAGUUGAUUAUGGUCUGGAUGAAUUAAUUAAUGUCUAAUUAAUAAUUUAGAUAACAUUUCAGGCCUAAAGAAAGGCAUACAAUAGGCAGAUUUAGCUCUUGCAUAAUGUAUGUUUAAGCAAAGUUUUUAUUAUUGUUAGGAGCCAGAGCGAAACAAUAUGUGUAUGUUAAGUUAAAAGUAAGUAAAGUAUUAUGAUACACUGUAUAAAUAAAUUUCAUUGACUUAUUUUGUUGAUAACGUUGAUGUAUUCAAAAUAUUCAGUCCACUUAAUUCUACUGCAAUCAUUUGAAAUCUUGGUUGUAAUCUCAUAUAAAACCUUUCUACCUAAGCUUGAUAUUUCUACCUCGGGAGUUCUCUGGGUUGGAUGGCCGAAUGAUUAGCACGUGCGUAUUGUAUCAUAAAGUCUGUCAUUGAGUCAUUUGGCGUGUUUUCGAUUCCCCGGUUGUAUGUGACAAGAAGUAGGUUCACCUGUCCAACCUCGUGUGUUUUCUCCUGGUCCUCCAGUUUCCUCCUACUGUUGAAGACCCCUAUGUGCAAGCAAAUUUUUGAAAUAAAAUUGAACCAUGUGUUAGUCCCGAAAUAACCUAGUUUGUGUUGAGUGGAUGUUAAACCCCAUCUUUCUCUCCCUCUUUAUCUUAUCCAUCUGGGGGGGGGGGGGGGAAAUCAUUCGUGCAUAUGAAAUCACAUGGUCUGUCAUUGUGUCUGUCCUUGAAUGUCACCUGUCCAACCUUCUCCUGGGUUAUUCAAAUACAAUUGAACCAUAUGUUAGUCCCGAAAUGACCUAGUUUGUGUUGAGAGGACGUUAAACUCCAUCUCUCUCUAUAUAAAUCUCUCUUAUAAAUUGAGAAUUUCAAACAGUCCCUGGUUUCAAAAAUAAUAACCGUAUGUCAACAAUGCAAAUGGCCUUGUAAUAAGUAGAGUUUUAACAUUUUAUCUUGACUGAAACAUUAUUGAAUCAUGUGUUAAGAAAAAAUAAAAAAACAUUAAAUAUUGUAAAUAGAUUAUUUGACAAUCUGAUUAAAACACAGAUCCUGUUUUGUUUCGUUUAUUUUAUAGUUCAAAAUUUUGUUUUACUUGUCUUUACUACACUAGGAUCUUGAAGAGUUGUUAUAUAACCUGUGUUCUAGUUGAUGUGAGGGAUUAGCCAAUGAAACUGUUUGUUGAAGCAAGUUCUUAGCGUGCGAUGCACGGAACUGUGGGUAUCCUACUAGAAACAUCAACGCUGAUUGGUUAAUCAAAUGUCUUAGCAUAAGGUCAAAAGCCGCUCGUAUGACCCCUGACACAACCUCCCACUACAACUGGUCAGAUCUUCAUGUAGUAGAGAUCAUCGAAAGUAUAAAAAAAACGAAACGAAAUAUAGAUCUAUAUUUUAAUCAGAUUAUUUAUUUCAAAUCAAAAAUAUACGGAAAAGUAUAAACAGAUUUAAAAAAAUGUUUGUUGUGUUAAUCGUUUAUUUGUAUUAUUUGGAGCAAUAUUUCCAUGUAUAUGAUAUUAAAGAUACAUUAUGGGAGAUUAGACAAAGAGCUGGCAGUUCUCACUAUAAUAGUUAAAAACUAGAUAAUGUAAAGGGAAUUUGCUGAAAAUUUCAGUCAAAUUGAUCCACUCUGAACCGAGAAUUUAGUAAUUGAAUUUUCGGCCUAGCCUCGAUCAUCAUUACUAAAGUCGGUACGAUAAAAAACAUAAUCUCGAUUACCCAUUUCAUGAUUUAAUCAUGAAUGAAUGUUGAGCAGAAAUAUCGCAUGCUAGCGAUGACAUUGAGAGUUGAUUAUGGUCUAGAUAAUUAAUUAAUGUAUAAUUAAUAAUUUAGAUAACAUUUCAGACCUAAAGAAAGACCUGCAAUAGGCAGAUUUAGCUCUUGUAUAAUGUAUGUUUACCUGGUGGUUGUUUUGUAUUUAUAACCAGAAAACCCUUACUCUCCUUAUACUUGACAAAGAUGUAUCCUCGUGGAUGAAAAUGGUGAUUUGGUUAAAUUUAAUUACCAGACCGGAGAUAAAUGUUGAACAAGCUGAUAUUAUAUGGAUUUGUUGUCAAAAUCGUAAUCCAAGUUAAAUUAUCUUAAGGCUACAUCAAUUCUAUUUUCUGUUUUUCUGGAAUACCUAUAAAAACUUUGCUUCUUAUUUCUUCAGGAGAAAUACUAAAUUAAAAACCAAAAAUACUUGGUUGCCUUGUUCAAAAGCUUUGUUUUAAAAAUUUUAAAGAUACAUUAUGUAAGAUUUAGAUAAAGAGCUGGCCGUUCUUGCUAUAAUAGUUCGAAAAUAGAUAAUGAAAAAUGAUAAUAUUGAACAUUUCAUUCAAAUUACUUCAUUCUGGGCCAAAUUAUCACUGUUUGUAGUUUUGACAAGAUGUGUGCAUUGUGGUAAUCAGGGCACUGGUAUAUUUGAGACUUAACCUUGCUUUCCCAUUUUUAAAUUGAAUUUUUAAAUGGCAAGCUGUUAAAUUCUAGUUAAAAUCUCGAGUAUCCGAUGCUAACGAGAGUUGAUUAUGGUCUUGUUUUGUUAAUAAAUGUCUAAUUAAUAGUUUAUAUAACAUUUCAGGCCAAAAGAAAGACCUGCAAUAGGUAUAUUUACCUCUUACAUAAUGUUAUAUGUUUAAGUGUUGAAAUUUUAAACAAAAUUUAUUUAUCAAAUCCCCAAAGAACUGAAAAUGAAAUUUACUUGGCCUAAGUGAUAUAUUCCAUUUAGAUGUACAGACUAUAGAAAGAGCUGUCCAUGAUUAUAUUUUGUAGAACUAGUAAUGUAUUUUUCUAAUUAUUCAAUAAAAACUACUUAUAUUUCAUAACUUGUUGAAUGUAUGGCUAUUAAAAUGUGGAUUGAAUGGGAAUUUUUUUUUUUUCCAUGCUAUAUUCAAGAAAUAUUUUGUGAUGUUGAUGAAUGCAGUGGUAGUUUUAUAGAAGUUUUAAGAUUAUGAAUCUCUCUACUGCUUACAUUUAGAAUGUUGUUCAAGUUUACACAUGACCAUAAAAUGUGUUCAGAAAGAUAAAAAUAUAUUACAACAUGGACAUUGAAUAAGUAUUUUAUAAGAAAUAUCUCAAGUUUGUGGAAUUAUAUGAAAAGAUCUGCGUUAGUUUUUUUUUUUCUGUGAACUAAAUACAAUAAAUGUCGCAUAAGUCAGAUUUGUAUAAGUCGGAUCUUUGCCCAACUCGGAUAAAAUCAUUUGGACCCUUUGAUCCUGCACGGUUUUCUUGUUAAAUUUCUGUGCGUAAGUCUAUUUGAUCUAAUUCCAGCUUUUUUCCUUCGCCUAAGUCAGAAUUUGACUAUGUCAAUUUCGUCUCGAUGGUCUAAAACAUCGUUAGCUAUUCCAUCCACAGAGCCCCAAAAUACUUUCCCCCCUAUCAUUUUGACUCAAAUCGGCCUAUUUGAUGCGACGCAAUAAUAGAAUUUUCACAGAAAAUUCGAAACUCACUGUCGGCUGUACCAGACACUUUCCGGGAAAAUUUAGGACAUUUUUCAAAGAUGACGACAAAACGGAAGUUAUCUACUCGCACAUACGAACAAAAGCUUGAAAUGUGGUUCGAAUCAAUUAUCAUCCGGGUCUUGCAGUUUAUUUCUAAUUGAGCUAAGAUUGAAUUUCGGUCUUCGGAUAACUCAGAUGUUUGCUAAACUCAAAUAUGAUUGGUCAGUCCACUUAGAUCCGACUUAUGCAAAGUUUAUUGUACGUACGUGUUUAUUUUAAUAUUUUACUUGAAAUCCUUUGUCGUUAUAUGUUAAUUCAAUAUUUUAUUUAUUUGAAAUGAUAUAAUUCCCGUUGGAAAAUGACCUGUUUGCUGCUGCUAUUAAAAGUAAUAAUUCUCUAUGGGCUGCAUGUCACUGGGCCAACUUGGGCCCAAGCUAUAUUUGCGAACUGCCCAACACUGUGGGUCCCUUAAAUUAUUAUUUUGGGUUAACUGUUGGCAUUUUUGUUUUCUUAGGCCAGUGGUUCUCAACCUUUUUGCUAACCGCACACCUUGGAACACAUGAAAAAAUAGCGGCACACCUGGCUAAAUAUAUAUAAAAAAUAUCUCAAUUUUUCAAAAUAAAAACAUGGCAAGUCAUAGACGGCAUACAACUGUAGACACAGACUAGUCAUAGAAACAUAGAAUGACUCAAACUAAAUAAAAAAAAAACAUGACUAUGAACUUAACAGUAGACACCAGUGAAUACUCAGUUAGAAUCACGUGAUUUUCACAUUUUCUUAGUGUGCCGUUCAAAUUUUUGCAGCAAACUUAGGAAGAUCUUGUUGAGAAUCACUGUCCUAGACGAUAAAAUAAAUGUUACUUUUUCUUUCGGCCAGUUUUCAGUCUUCAGGUAACCAUAGAUCCAUACAUGCAGUCCUGAAUUCUCUGUUGUAGAUUUUUUUCGAUGUAUAUACUAAACAGAUAUUUUAGAAACACAAAUUGAUGAUGAUGCACUGUCCUUACUUAAGCUAAAAUCAUACUUUUAUCAUAAAACUAAAACAAAGAUAAGUAUCAAAUUUAUAACAAAAUUGAAAAAAAUGAAAAGACCUUUGAAAACCAAAUAUUGUUACUAUCGAGAAAUGAAAUUGGGAUUAAUGUCCUACUCGGAGAAAUUUGAAAUGACUAAGGUAUGAAAUGUGCUAGAGUAAUGGCCGUGCAUAUUAAUUAUAAUUGUUUAAGUAAAAAAUUUGAAAUGACUAAGGUAUGAAAUGUGCUAGAGUAAUGACCGUGCAUAUUAAUCAUAAUUGUUUAAGGAGAUGGUCCAUCUGUUUCUUUCUUCUGAAUAAAAAAAAGUGUCCUUAAUACUACCAGAUCAUUCUUGUGGGUUUUCUCCCGAUCCUCCGGUUUCCUCCCACUGCUUAAGACCCCUACAUGCAAGCACGUUAUUGAAAUAAAAUUGAACCAUAUGUUAGUCCUGAAAUGACCUAGUCUUAGUGGUGUAGAGGUUAAACCCCAUUUCUCUCUCUGGGUAUUGUAUGACACUAAAUAUUCCAAUGUAUCGUAUCUCCAGAUUAUUCUAAUGGCGUCCCCUAGAUUUAAAUGGCAAGGUUUUAUUUAUUUUUCUUCAAGUAAAAACCAAUCAGAUUUGAUUUAGGUUUAUGUCAAACAACUGUUAGUUGUGUUUCUACUAUUUUCAACUGUCAACGGAGGGCCUGAUAAGGACAGCUGUCUAGUUGUUCGGAUGGAUACGAAAAACUGAGAACCCGUGUAUGCAUUGGAAUGCAUGUAAAAGAAGCCUUGGGCAGUUGGAAUUCGAUAUGAGAGUAGGCCAGAGUGCCAGUGCCCGGGCAAAAUUUCUUUCAUAGCACACUGUAUGAUGGAUGCCUGUUUUCAUUAGCCUAGUAAGAGCAGAAGAGUAGUACGUUAAACUUAGCCACGGUGAUCCCCUUAUUUUAGCUACCAUUGUUAGAAUAUAGAAACCGGUGAACCAUCUUCUUUUGUGAAUGUUCAAUAAUAAAUACAAUAGCUUGUUACAUUUAAUUUACUCCUGAUCAUGAAACAAUUCCCGACUUCUAACUUUGUCUAAUGAAGAUUAUUGUUAAAGAUGUUUUAAAAGACAGACGGGAUAGAUUAUAUUUUUGAUAAUAAAAUGAGCCUCGUUUUAUUUCCUCUUUGUGGAUAAAUGUCAUUUAAAAAUACAGUUUUUUGAAAAGUCA